GUUACUCACUGAACACGACAGACUGUGAACCGCUCUGGUUAUUAAUAAUUCACCAGCCCUCCGCUCCGCUUCUUCGGCCGCGGCCGCAGGACACCGUUUCGUCCUCAGUGGUGCGUGCAGGCGGCCACGCUGUGCGCUCACUUCUCGCAUUUUGUUUACUUAAUUAUAGCUGCUCGAUGUCACACACUCACACACUCACACACAGUCGCACACACGGGGAGACAGACGCACGUUUCACCUCUUUGUUUUUGGGUUUCAGAUCACAGACCGUCCGCUGAGGUCCCGCUCGCGGAUGUUGCGACACUCGCGCUGCCACAUGCUGAGUUUUGUUUCAGACGCGGUCCUCCCAGCAACUUUGUGCCGACACUGAGAAGGGGGUGGAGGACAGGUGGAGAAGAACCGAGAAGCGGACUGCACUUUUACGUGAUCGGCGACGCCUGAGCAUGCAAGGGGAGAGAGCGCGCGGCGUCCAGUCUGGAGGAGCAACAGCUGAUUUGGUGAGCGCGUGAGCUGAGAGCGCAGGGCAGGCUACUUACUGUCGGUGCGCGGCCAGGCUUCUGCUCCGACACUCGGGCUCUGACGGUGCAGCGUCUCGGUGGCACGUAGCUCGGGGACUCGGUGCGGGGACGUGACGGCACCGGGACUGAGAGUGCAGCCAGGCGCGCGCAGCUUCGAGUUUCGUGGAACUAUCACGAGUUGAAAGCCGCACAUAAACACCUUGCAUGAAGAAGUCGGGAGGCAGACCGCUUGGAUUGUACGACUCUGCGUCCCGUUUGCCUGGACUGAGAAGAGCUGACUUCACUUUAUCCCAAAAAGUGUUUACCGGGCAGCAGGCCGUGCAUUAGGGCUCUUUUGCUUCCGGUAUAAGGCCCAGCUGAGCAAGAAACCGAGCAGUUUUCUCUCUCCCACUCACUUUUUUUUUUUUUUUUUUUUGGAAGCCGAACUUUUCAGAGUGGAAAAUGGGUCUUUGAGAGUGUUGGCACAUAUCCUCACACCACAAUGGCAACCGAAACCUUUCUGUUGAACGAAGAACCCUCCAGAGGUCCUGGGAUGCCUGAAUGCUUUGUAGUAUCAGAUUCAUACAGGUAUUACCCUACUCACCUUCUAAACAAUGCCUUAGUGGAUGAAUUUCAUCCCUUCAUUGAGGCCCUUCUCCCCCAUGUCCGUGCCUUCUCCUACACCUGGUUCAACCUGCAGGCCCGUAAACGCAAGUACUUCAAGAAGCACGAAAAGAGGAUGACCAAGGAUGAGGAGCGCGCGGUGAAGGAUGAGCUGCUUGGGGAGAAGCCAGAGAUCAAGCAGAAGUGGGCCUCGCGCCUGCUGGCCAAGCUCCGCAAGGACAUCCGGCCUGAGUUCCGCGAGGACUUUGUGCUCACCAUCACGGGGAAGAAGCCCCCCUGCUGCGUGCUGUCCAACCCCGACCAGAAGGGCAAGAUCCGCCGCAUCGACUGCCUCCGCCAGGCCGACAAGGUGUGGAGGCUGGACCUGGUGAUGGUCAUCCUGUUUAAGGGCAGCCCCCUGGAGAGCACGGACGGCGAGCGUCUGGUCAAGUCACCCCAGUGCUCCAACCACGGCCUGUGUGUCCAGCCACACCACAUUGGGGUGACGGUCAAGGAGCUGGAUCUCUACCUGGCCUACUUCGUCCACACACCAGAACAAUCAGGACAAUCAGACAACUCAAACCAGCAAGGAGACACAGAUGUGAAGCCCCCACCAAACGGCAACUUGAGUUUCCAGGACUGCUUUGUUACUUCGGGUGUGUGGAACGUAGCCGAGCUGGUCCGUGUGUCGCAGACCCCUGUGGCUACAGCGACAGGCCCCAACUUCUCUCUGGCUGACCUGGACAGCCCCGGCUAUUACAACAUCAACCAGGUGACCCUGGGGCGGCGCUCGAUCACCUCCACCCCCUCCACCAGGACUGAAAUGGAGCUUUAUGCAAGUCUCCCACGGAGCUCCAACAAGCGCAAGUCCAUUGACGACAGUGAGAUGGAGAGCCCAGUGGAUGAUGUCUUCUACUCGGGCCGUUCCCCAGCGGCUGGCAGCAGCUCUCAGUCCAGCGGCUGGCCUAAUGAUGUGGAUGCAGUGCAGCACCAUUUGGCCAGUGUGCAGGAGAGGAAGAUUAAGCAUGAGAGCGAUGGAGUGCAGUUUCCUUACCAUGGACUCUCGUCGCCUGGUUCACUUAAGAAGCCGGGGAAAUUCGAUUUCAGCGCCCUGUCCUCCCAGACGAGGUCCCCCCGCAUGGCGUUCACCCACCACCCACUGCCAAUGCUGGCGGGAGUGAGACCAGGGAGCCCCCGUGCUUCAGCCUCGGCCCUGCACUUCCCAUCUCCCUCCAUCAUCCAGCAGUCUAGCCCCUACUUCACCCACCCAACCAUCCGCUAUCACCACCACCCUGGACAGGAUCCCCUGAAGGAAUUUGUGCAGUUUGUCUGUGCCGAUGGCUCAGGGCAGGCCGCUGGGCAGCCAAACGGGAGCGGCCAGAGCAAAAUGCCAGGCUCCUUCUUGCUGCCUCCACCUCCCCCAGUGGCCCGCCCAGUGCCCCUUCCCAUGCCCGACUCUAAACCCAACAGCACGCCCCCUGACGGCGGACUCUCCUCGCCCGCAUCUCCGUCAUACUCCACGCCAGGCGCCACAGCUCCCAACAGGUUUGUCGGCAUCGGAUCACGGGACAACAACUUUCUGAACAUCCCGCAGCAGACACAGUCUUGGUUCCUCUGACAAGAUCUGUGUGCAAACCAGCAACUAGAAUUCUUUCUUUGCAAUCAGAAAUAGAAAAACAACAACAAAAAACACAAAAAGAACCAGAGAAACAACCCGCAGGAUAAUAAUUGUCCUCCAACCCACCCACCGACUGGCCCUGACAGUAUGUCUCACCUGAUACAAAAUGUAACCAGGCAACGCAGGAAAUUACAGCAGCAUGACGCUUUUAGUGGAACUCUGGACUUACUUACACACAGUCAGAGGCAGGACCCGUUUCAAGCAAAGAUGGAUACGUUGAAAGACGAAUAGAUGGACAAGAGGAUGCCGGGAUGACAGGGAGAAGGGGGGGUAAGGGGACGGCAGCAGCAAGGAGGCAUCUCUCCUCAAACCACCGAACCAGCACAGCAGCGCAGGAGGAACCUGAGGAUGAAAACCGUCGGCUUCUCCUACUUUAUAAAGACGCAUUGUGUAACAAAUGGCUUAGAAAAAUCAGUUGUCUAGCAAAUACAAAUUCAAGUCACAGUCUAAUCAAAGCAAUUCGGUUUCCAGGGAAAGCUGCAGUCCACGCUCCUGUGAUGUCUGUCAUCACUCAAAACAAAAUCCAAAUGACCAAUGUUUCUAUCCUUCUGAAUGACCUAAAAUAGCCCCUUUCACCCUACUACUAACUAGUGACCAUGCCAAAACUUGAUUAAGGGUUGCACUACAAGCUGAAUCAAUUAACACUAAUCUUAAAGAUGUGCACUAUUUACCUACAAGGCAUGGGAGGUAAACCAGACUUGCCUAUUUUAAAAGUUUUAAAGAGGAAACAAACCUGAGGUACAAGAAGCCUUCACAAGUCCUCAGCCCCCAUCUUUCAGUUCGACAGAUCAUUGGCCUCCACUCACUCUCAUGUCUCCCCACAUUCAGAACAAUCACUCAGUCUGUGCCAUGACCACAGCAUGUAUGAAAACACACACACACACACACACACGUGCCCAGUCUCACAUUUAGGUUGUAGUAUUUAUAGGUGGUGGUGUUGUGUUAUUUCAUUCUUAUUUUUUUAAGCCCAGUGAAGUCUUUCUACCUUAAUUAGAUAUCCAAACAUUGUGCGCACACACACACACACACACACACACACACACUGAAAAUCGCAGUGUGACUAUAUAAUUACUGACAGCUUCACAGCUACAGGCAGCAGCUAUUGGUUCCCAAUUUGCCCUUAUGUAAUGUAGAUGAAUGAUUUUAUUAUCUCUCGUGUGUUCUCUUAUUUGAAUUUAUUCCUCUUUUGGAUUUGUACUAUUUUAUAAUUGUUUUGUAUUUGAAUGACAGCACCUUAAAGAGAAACACAGUCAGAAGCGGUAUGUUGAAGCAGUGGAGACAGGGUGGUUAGCUUACCCAGAUCAAGUAGCGCUUGCAAAAACAUUUGGGAAAUAUGCUUAUUUGCUUCUUUUUCCAGGGAGUUGAGAUGAGUUGAUUGAUACCGCUACAGCUGGUUGGCUUAGCUGAGGUUAGCUGGCUUGGUUCUGUCCAAAGUUAAUAAAACCACCAAACCUGCACCCCCAGUGACCGUUUUGAUUAUAUGAUGAUUUUAUAUCGACGUAUCCGUGCAGAAUAUGAGCAGUUUUAAGAGGGUUUAGACCCGAAACCCGUUUGGUCAUUUUUUUAGGAAUGUUGAAAUCAACUCUGCGACGGUUUAGACGGCAGCUCAGGCGUUUUGUAGCUUUGCAAUGCAGUGUCCUGUGAAAACACCGUUACUGUGAGAAUCCUAGAAAGAACAAAGCAUUUGAAAGUAAUCCACUAGGUAACUAGUGUUGAUUGUAUAUGUUAAGUCGAGCUUUUUGGCAGUUGGACAUCAUAAGCUAACUGUGGCUUUGACUUAAAACCCAGGAACACAGGGCAGCCACAUGCAAAAGCAUGACUGCUUCACUAGAAAUUCAGAGUUUAUAUCAAUGAAGACGUCAGUUUAGCGAUUGAGACCAUGAAUUCAUUACAAAAGUACUUCUUGAGGUCAGAAAGUGAUACGGAGGAUCGUUUCCUCAUAGACUUGGAUACAAUCAGAUUUUGCAAACAGGAGUCGCCCCCUGCUGGCCAUUAGAAAAAGCCCAGGUUUUCAGCACUUCCGCUCUAGCCUCACUUUCCACCAGAGGUGGAGCGUAUAUUUCCUUAGUUGACACUUCACUUUGCUUUUAUCCUGAUUCUAGUACAUUGGAACUACCCUGACUAAUUCAAUUUUAUUUAAUUUUAUUUAUAUAACGCCAAAUCGCAAUGCCAAUUGCCUCAAGGUGCUGAAUAUUUUAAGGCAAAGACCCUGCAAUGAUACAGAGAAAACCCCAGUAAUCGCAUGACCCCUGUGAGCAAGUGCUUGGUGACACUGGCAAGGAAGAACUCCCCUUUAACAGGAAGAAACCUCCAGCAGAACCAGGAAACCUCGGCGACUGUUUGGGGUGAAGGCAGUAAGAUUCACACGAAUGCGGGGACCCUUGUUACCUUUGAACAGAGCCACCUAGCUGCUUCAUGUGAAGGUGACCCAUCGAACAAGCAUAUUUUCCAGAUGAACGUCUCCUGUAGAACAACACGAUGCAGGGUUUUGACAAUCACAGGAAGCUUAUUUUUCUGGGAGAUCGCCUGCUCGGCCAUAACGGUCAGGGGAAGAAGACAAAAUAGUCGCGCCUACUAUUUGGAUCCAGGUACAGCUAGUGGCUGCUGGUGGGGAUGUACGAGUGAUAGAAAACAGAUCUGAGGAGGGAAGGUUGCUGAAGAUGGGACCCAGAGUUAAGGAGAGAGUAGCUCUUCUUUCUGUCUCCCUAAAGUUUACCCUGUUGUUUACACUCCCAGACGAGCCGCUGCUCCAAGAGCAGAGGGGGCCACACUGCGGAGCAAAAUGAAUAUGUGACAUAUCUGGCUGUUUUUGGAGAGGGGACGAGAGCCGAGGCUUAGCAGUAGGACGGAUCACGGGUGUGCCCGUUUAAACGCCGGUGCACAGGAUCACGUAAAGGCUGCUUGGUAGUGUUGGAUAUAGCAUUCCCACAACACACACUUACACGCACACACACGCACCAGCACUCCCACUGAGCUACGGUGAAUGGAAGAGCCCUUAUAGAUCAAAAAACUGCACUAAUACAAUCAUGCCAGCCAACCUUAUCAGACUUUUUUUUGUAAUGGUUACAAUAGAUCGACCACCACUUAGUAUUGCAAAUCAGUGGAUGUAUUACUGGGAUGGAAUCACACUUGUAGAGCACAGAUCGCCACUUCUUUAAAAAAAAACUCCACACAGACUUACGAAGACCACUCACUACUAACACGUCCCCCGUGCCCGACUCAAUUCAAAGGGAAGUCUUAAAGAUAGACAAUCUGAGGAGGCCUUUAUGCUUUCAAUCAUUAUCUAGAACUAUAUAAAGAAUCAGCCCACAAAUUUAGCCCUACUAAAAAGCUAAUCACCCAUCCAACCUCACAAAAUAACUGGACUGCCUGGCCACGUUCUUCACUGCAGGGAAAAGCGCGACAUAGCUGGCCAAUCGAUGGCGAUCAUCUCAUCAGCUUCGUAGAGAGAUCUAGCUCCGCUGAGUAAGACAUUAACGACGGCUAAAGGUGAUUUCUUUUCUAAUCUAUGGAAGUGCCUCUGUAUUCCCAUUAUGCAAUUUGUCAAACAUGAAUUCAGGUUCUUUUUCUCACAUAUAAGCUAUAGUGAAUGGUGGAAAAAACAUUUAUGUCAGUAGGGGGAGAAAAAAACACGUUGACAGCUCACUAGAUAAUCACAAGCAUCUUUAUAUAUAAUACACAUAUAUAUUUAUAGAUAUAUACUUUUUUUAUUUGCAAGAUAAGCUCUGUGGCAGUCUAGUUAUUUUUUGAAGCAUGGCGUACAUCGCACAGUCAUAGGAUGCAUCUCAGAAAAAAACCACACACACAGAAAAAGCUGAUUUGAGCUAAAGUACCAUUUUGUAAACCCGCUCGCACCCGCGUUACAGGACAUAAAGCUAAAGGACGGCAAACGCAACAGUAGAUACAUAGACAACAAGUGAUGAUGACGUAGUUGAGGUUAAAAGAUAAAGCAGAUUAGGUUUUGUUGUUUUCUUUCGUGUCUUGAUGGGAAGUAUUGUUCUUGAAACUAAAUGAUGUAUGUUGAUUGAGCCAUGUGCAAUGCCUUGGUAGAGGAAUUGUGUUUGUUUGUUAGCGAUUGUUUGAGGGUGUCACACAGAAAGAGGGAAACCCUCUUCUUUUUUCUUUGUUUUAUCUUUUUUGGGGGGGAGGGGCUUUUGUUUGUUUUAAAGUCCACCUGCUCCGGGACUCUAAAUAUGAGAGCAGCGAGAAAAAAAAUCCCCGUCUUUGUAAGUAAGUUUGGGGAAAUUAUUUUACAUUUUUUUGUUCAUUUUUAAAAACUUCAUUUCUAUUCAUUUGUUUUCAAAAACCAUGGGAGGGCUGAAGGAACAAUUUUGCAACUCGUAAAAUAUAUAUCACUAUGACAACUGGUGCUUUCGUAAAAGAAUAAAGUACAUUCAGUCUCUAUUAUACAUAAAUAAUAAUAAACAAGAACUAAGUGUUAUCAUAAAAAGCAAAUUUUAGGAAAGUGUGCGUUAUUCUAUUUCUCUUUUUGUAUUUACCGAGGGAGGGGGGCGGGGGGGUGAGAGGUUCAUUGUAGGACAAAAGGCAUUUUUCCUCCCCGAACUUUAUCGCCACUGCAGGACAAACAAACAGGGAAAAAAUGAAAAUCACGUCAGAUCUUGUUUCUUUUCUUUCUUUUCUUCUCCAUCAUGUUAUGUCCAACACAUCUAGCGUGGGACAAAGACAAGAUCUUCCCCAUUUUUGGGAGAUGCACAAGUACGGAUUCCCCAGUCCAAACCACCGAUGAUGACGUCCAUAGAAAUUAAAGAAAAUGUUUCUUUUAUUUUGGUUUUUUAAUGUAAAUGUCUACUUGUUUAAACAAGAAAGAAAGAAAGAAAGAAAGAGGGAAUCAGCGGCCUCUGUCUGGCUGGGGGGGGGGUGCUGUCAUCAAUUUACCAACAAUGUGAACCCUACCCCCCUAUCCCAACCCUCCACACACACAUGCACACACACACACACACACACACCACCAUCCUCCCCCAAUCCCCUUCCCCGCUGUAAAUGAUUAUAAAUAUUUGUUUGGUGAUGUAGUGUUAUAGACUCAGAGCAUCUUUAAAGGUUGUCCCUAAAAAGUGCCUUUUGUUCACAGAUUCCAUCUUGUAAUCCUGAGUGCCCAUCUCCAAAAAAGUCCCCUCCUUCAUGCUUCUUCUGUAUCUUUCUCUUCCUAUUCUUCAGAGCUUUUUCAAGCAGUAUACAUAGUACUAAAGGAAAUUGGUGUGAUUUAGUUCCUCUUUUUAUUGUUGAAUUAUUAAGAAAAGACGUAAAAAAAAAAAGACAAAACCUAAAAACAAAAAAAAAAGAAUAUUUUCUGUCUUGCUUCUCUUCCUCUGUAUCUUGUCGUCUGUCUAACUUGGACACUGGAGUAGUCUGUAGCCGCGUACCCUUCUCCCACUUCCUUCCUUUUCUCCCUUUUCUCUGAACGGCGGGGUUAAAAAAAAAGAAGAAGAAUACGCAAAGGUUUUUUUCUUUUGUUGUCUGAGCAGAAUGCAGUUAGCUCACAUGUUAUUCUUGUCUGUACGCUUCACAUUGUAUUACCAUACCCAUCUUCUUCAGCUUCUCCAUUCAAACAGCUAAUGUAAGUGAACAAGUUACACCACAGGGCUCUGGGCUGUGCUGAGGACAAGGGCACAGGAUGAGAAAAAGAAAGAAAGGUGGAGGGAUAAAAGCACGAGGAAUGUGAUACUGGGCUUUAGGCGAGGGUGGUGACCAGCAGGACUGCUAGCGCAGGCAGGUUUGUUCGUUUGCAGGUUUCCUUGUUUCUGUUUUGUAAUUGAAUUUGAAAUUUUUUUAUUAUUUCGUCUUGAUGGACGAUGCAUCGUGACCUGGUUAUGCAUCUUGAGAACGAGUGAAUGAGAAAAGCUCUUGUAAAGAGAAGAAAAAACCAUGAAAAAUGACUCAAAGCACCUUAAAAACAGAGCGGUGCCACAGCACAGAGACUGAGAUUCAGCACAAUCCUUACAAAAUGUGACUUAUCGAUCCAUCACUAUCCACCAUGCGGUUCCAAAUCCUGUAAACAUUAGAUGUAAGCACCGUGAGGCUCCACCAGCAAAAUCGAGGAAGAAAAAAAAAGUAUAUGCAACGUUUAGAUGUCUUUUUUUUGCAUUAAGCGAAUGAAGCCAGCAGCAGUAUUAUCAGCGAAGCCUUGACGAGUGAAAGCGCCAUCGCUGAGAAGCCAUAUCAGAGACAAACAGGUCACACAGCAGAGCGAGUGCGCGUGUGUGUGUGUGCGUGAGCGUGUGCGUGAGCGUGUGCGCGCUUUAGUCGAGAGGCGGGCGUCUGCAGUAUCCGACGCCUGCACCGUUCAAGAGCCCAGUCGGACCCUGUGGCCCAACCGUCAGCAUGUUUCACUUUUACGUUUUCCUCGCUCAGUUUCUAUCACUGUUUUAAGGAUGCUGUUUAGCGAUUUAGUGACUGAGCUCCCAAGCUAGACUAACCCCGCCACACCCUGAACCCCGCCCACCACAAGUGCCCCUCCCCCUCCUUCCCCUCUGUCAGAGCCGUCCCAUCCUCAGACACACCUCCCAGAGCCCAUGGUGAAAUGCAUGUGUUAAUUACAGUUUCUUUUCCAUAAUAAUAAUAAAAAAACAGUUGAUUGAAUAAAAGGAUGUUCUUGACUGUA